GAGAGAGCCAAUCACCGGAACGCAAGGGCUCCCUUUAAGCCUGAUAUAUCACCAGCAGGAACAAAUUGUCCCAACAAUCAACAUCCAAAAUCUGCUGGAGCAGCGGACAAGAGUGAAGAGGAUUGGAUCGUGAGCAGGCCGGUUUGCAAACGCGGAAGGAUUGCGUCGCAACAACAAACAAAAAUAAAAAUCAGCUUUUGGAUUUUCCAAGGUUGGAGCAGGGUGGAGUGAGCCGGGACAUCAUGUCUAUUUUACCCUCUUUUGGCUUCACCCAGGAGCAAGUGGCGUGCGUGUGCGAGGUGCUACAGCAGGGCGGAAACCUGGAGAGGCUCGGGCGCUUCUUGUGGUCUCUCCCCGCUUGCGACCACCUCCACAAAAACGAGAGCGUCCUCAAGGCGAAGGCGGUGGUGGCUUUCCACCGGGGCAACUUCAGGGAGCUGUACAAGAUCCUGGAGAGCCACCAGUUCUCGCCGCACAACCACCCCAAGCUGCAGCAGCUGUGGCUCAAAGCGCACUACGUGGAGGCGGAGAAGCUGCGCGGCCGGCCGCUCGGGGCGGUGGGGAAGUACCGGGUGAGGAGGAAAUUCCCGCUACCGCGCACGAUCUGGGACGGCGAGGAGACCAGCUAUUGCUUCAAGGAGAAGUCCAGGGGGGUCCUGAGAGAGUGGUACACGCACAACCCCUACCCGUCCCCGCGAGAGAAGAGGGAGCUGGCCGAGGCCACUGGACUGACCACCACGCAGGUCAGCAACUGGUUCAAAAACAGGCGGCAGAGGGACAGAGCCGCAGAGGCCAAAGAAAGAGAGAACAGUGAAAACAGCAACGCAGGCGGCAACAAACAGAACCAGCUGUCCCCUCUGGAUGGAGGCAAGUCUCUCAUGUCCAGCUCAGAGGACGAAUUUUCUCCCCCUCAAAGCCCCGACCAGAACUCAGCGCUUUUACUUCAGGGCAACAUGGGACACCCCGGGGCCUCCGCGUACUCCAUGCCCGGCCUGGGAGCACCACAGCCGGUGCACGGCAUGCACGGACACCCGCACCAGCUGCAGGACUCCUUGUUGGGACCCCUAACCUCCAGUCUUGUGGAUUUGGGCUCUUAAAACGGGGGCUGUUUUAUUUUACAAAGAAAAAACACGGAAGAGGACUGGUAAAUGUAUCAGAUUCAUGUAAGAAAUAACAAUAUUGUAGCCUAUUAUGUAGACUGACUUGUCUGUCGUUAAAUUUGAUAUACGACACAAUUCCUUUAUGCGCCUAAAUGUGGAUAUCACCCUGACAAGAGGUUUUAUUAUCUCUUACAUGUAAAAAAAAAAACACACACACAAACAAGACCUAAAAACCCUCAUUUGAACACUUAAGUGGACUAUACCCAUUUGCUUAAUUUAUGAUAUAUUUUUUAAAAGAAUUCCAGUCAGGUCAUGCCAUUAGAUUCAAAUAAAACAAAAAGCAAUGCAUUUGUCUCACUUACGUUA